GGCAUUGGCCCUUAAGGGUACGGACUGGACUAGACUAAAUAGUGGGCUAGUGCUCUAAAGGUAGGAUCUGAGUUUCUUAUUGAAAGGAAUGAGAGAAAUUUCCCUACGGAGAAGCUCAGGGAUAGAAAUCCAGAGGAUGACCACUUUAACUCGACGUGGUCGGCGCGCAGAUGUGGGUCAGGAAAACAGGGUGGAUUCAGAAGAUUACAUCAAAGACAAAGAUGAGGAAGAAUCCGCCGAUUCUAAGGACAUUCGUUUGACGCUUAUGGAAGAAGUUUUGCUCCUAGGGCUCAAAGACAAGGAGGGCUAUACCUCCUUCUGGAACGACUGCAUCUCAUCGGGCCUACGCGGAGGAAUCCUAAUCGAGCUCUUCCUGCGGAACCGGGUGGUCCUGGAGCCAUCGACCUUACGGAAGAAACGCCUAACGGACAGAAAGGUGCUGCUGAAGUCCGAUACCCCAACAGGAGACGUGCUGUUGGAUGAAACCUUAAAGCAUAUGAAGGCCACAGAACCAGCAGAAACCGUGCAGAGCUGGAUCGAGUUACUUACAGGUGAGACGUGGAACCCCUUUAAGUUGCAGUACCAGCUGCGUAAUGUCCGGGAACGCAUUGCCAAGAACCUUGUGGAGAAGGGGAUCCUGACCACAGAAAAGCAGAAUUUCCUUCUAUUUGACAUGACCACCCACCCUGUCAGCAACACCACCGAGAAGCAACGCCUGGUGAAAAAGCUGCAAGAAAGCCUUCUAGAGAAAUGGGUCAAUGACCCCCAUCGAAUGGACAGACGGACCCUCGCCCUACUGGUGUUGGCGCACUCAUCUGAUGUUCUGGAGAAUGCUUUCUCUUCCCUCUCAGAUGAGAAGUAUGACAUGGCCAUGACCCGCUCCAAAGAACUUUUGGACCUGGACCCAGAUACAGAGGGGAACAAACCCAACACCUGCGAGAUGAUCUGGGCUGUGCUCUCAGCCUUUAACAAAUCCUAAAGCGCAAAUGCAGCAAAAGACCUUGGGAUCACGGGACGGAAGAUCAUUCGUGAAGGACAGUUAUUGUGCUGGGAAGAACACCAAGGUCAAUGACUGCUUUAUAGCAACAUUUCUGGGAAACUGCAGCCCCUGGCUCUUUGGCCUCCAAGCUUUUGGUUUACCUGAGCCUCCGCUACCAAAUCCUUUUUAGAAUUUGUUUGAUGUGUCUGAAAAGCACAUCUUUUUAAAGUCUAAGUUGCGCAACUACACUGCAGUGGAGCGGGACUGUGAGGUGCCUGCAGGAGUUUAUGGGGGGGACACUAUUGUAAAGUGCUAUAUUAGGGGGAACAAACAUAGCCUUGGGGCCCUAUGGAUCCUUCCCAGGCAGCGUGCAGUCGGGGAGGUGCCAAGGAUCUCCAGCUUACAGCUCCACCCCCGAAUGAUAUCUACCCAUAAUGCUCCUUGGGCACAAAAUCACAUUCCUUUAUCUCUCAAAGUCCGAGCUGCACGUGGAACAGAGUAGCUGCGUACUUGGCCCGGAACUAUUAAUCAGAGCUGUCCUGUUACCGUUAUAUUGUUUAGGGCUUUAGGAAAAAGUGGCACCAAAACAAAAUGGGAUCACAUACGGUUUUAGUAUGUCGUCUGUUCUUCUUUUUCUCUCAUCUUCAUUAAACCUUCCCUUUGUUAGCAAUGAAGAAACAGUGAUUCCAAUGUUUGCAAGGUUGUUUUCCCUAAUUGUGUCAUGUUAAGGGUAACUAAAGCGAGAUUCUGUUUCACUGUGCGCGCAACAGGGGAUAGAUGGGUGGGAAUGGGAGAAGUCGGUGAUGAAUUCUAGCAAUGAAAUGCUUGUAUAGUUAGAGGUGUGUAACCUAGCAUGGCACAACCUGAUUGGAUCAGUGGGUCCUGGGUGUCCGUAUGUACUGAGAGACACUGUCGUACUGCUAACUGCUUAUUAUACGCAACUUCUUAACUCUACCGUUAAUUUAUUGGUUAAGGGGGCGCUGUCAUUAAAUUAUUUCCCUUUUUAAGCAGGUCCAGCUUUCAAAAAUGUGCCGAUUUUUCUUUUUAAUAUCAAUUCCGAGUCUUCACAGCAGAGCAGCGUAAACGAUGGGAACCUCAAGGACUGCUAACCAGUUCCGUAAGAGAGUCAUUAUGGCGCCAGUCGUAAAACAGAUGGGAAUGAAACCUAUUUAAAGGCAGAAAGGGAAACCCCAGUGCUGAUCUGCGUAACAGCCCCAAUAUAUUCAGGCACAAAUAGAACCUUGUUUGAUAAUCUCAAGCUUAGAGGGACACUAUACUGAAAAAUAAGGUUUGCUCAUGGUAUAAUAUGGAGUGCACAUAUCAACACGUAGAUACUGUUAUGGGAUGUGCAUAGAAAUGGGGGUUUUCCUCUGUGUCCAAUGAUUUCCACACCCAAAGCCAUUUGUAUAUCCCAAUCCUAAAAACACAUUGCCCCACCCCCCCAAAUUGGGAUUGAAAAAAGCCUGGCAGAGAAUAAGGGGUUAAAUGCAAGUGAGUUUGUAUAUUUUAUCUGUCAUUUGAAGCCUUGUCCUCAAACCAUUGUAUCACUGCUGAUUAUAUAUAAAUAUAUAUAUAUAUAAAUACGUUACUUUUUCAUUAACUUGUAUAUUCUUUUACUCUGAUUGUGGCUAUUACAGACUGAUCGACCCCAAACGAUAUGUUUUUAUUUUUUAGAAAGUAUAUUACCCUCUGGGUGCCCCAAGGUUUAGUUGAUUUAGUUUGGAAUCGUUACUGUCAAAAUCCGUCUCCUUUAGGACCAAAGCUCAACUAAUGGCAACAAUCUCUUUCAUGGAUUUUAGUUUUUGGAUGAUACGUCUUUCCAAUAAAAAUUCUGAUUAGUAUUUUAAA